AGAAGAAGUUUCCGGUGCACCAGAUAGGCAUUUAUCAUGCCUACUGCUGUGAUUAUGGAAGAAAACUUUGAUAAAUUAUUAGAACAGUGUGAGGCUCAGGAGCUUGAGGCUCCAGGUGGCAUCGCAACACCUCAAGUCUACGCUCAGCUGCUGUCUCUCUAUUUACUUCAUAAUGACAUGAAUAACGGCAGGUAUCUCUGGAAAAGGAUUCCCCAAGCAAUCAAAUCUGCAAAUCCUGAAUUAGGAGCUAUUUGGGCAGUCGGCCAACGCAUAUGGCAGCGGGACUUUCCAGGGAUCUACACGACCAUCGCAGCCUUCCAGUGGACAGAGAAUAUACUUCCUGUCAUGGAAGCACUUCAAGAAAGCACGCGGCAAAGAGCGUACAGUCUAGUGGCCCAGGCCUACACUUCAAUAACAGCAGAAGACUUUGCAGCCUUUGUGGGUUACUCUGUGGAGGAGGCAGUCAAGGGUGUAGUGAGCCAGGGCUGGCAGGCAGACCCUGCUACCAGGAUGGUGAUGCCCAAAAAACCAGAUCCUCCCCCUGUCUCAUUGGUUCCAAAUGAGCAGCAGUUGGCUAGACUCACUGACUACGUGGCUUUCCUCGAGAACUGAUAACCCGCUACAAUUACUGCCGCCCAUCUUUUUUUGAGUGCUUGGUACCGAGGGAGAACACAAGUUAGGACAAACACUUCCCUCCUCCUUCCUCCCUGAUAAAGAAGGCCCAGAAACACCCCUUCGUCUUGCAUGAAUGCUGCAAGCUCUUCUCCAAGACCUGCCAAUUUAUUUUCAUUGACAUAGAUUCCCCAUGUUGACACACGAGUAUACACUUGGUUAUGUUUUUGUUCCUGGAUGUAUAGUUUUUGGUUGUGAUUCAAAGACGGACUUGGAGUAAAUGACCUUUUCAUCACUUUAACUUUGUUUUUAUUGCUAAACUAACAAGACCUCCCCUCACAAUACAGACACACGAGCUAGUAUGCACAUUGUGUCCAUACUCUUUGAGCACCUGAAGGAUACCUGGAUACUCCCUUUGUAGGUAACUGAAUCUUGGUAAGCAUGUAACAGCGUGUGGACUGCAGUCUCCAGACCUCAUGCUUUGUUGUGUUGACUGGUGAAUAAAUAUUUUGCUGUUUCUAAUGAA